AUUUCUGUAUAUAUAUAUGCAGAUAUGGAUCCAAUGCAGUUGUCUCUGUGAAGUUUUCUUUAUAAAGCGGCCGAUUUCUCUCCUAGUUUUUCUCAAUAGCGCUACCAUUUGGCCACAUACUCCAAUUCUUUCCCAACCAAAUGCCAACCUUUUUGCAUAGGAUUUUCCUCCUAUACAAUCUUCUGAACUCUCUUGUUCUUUUCUUGGUGCCCAAGAAGCUCAGGAUUUUCCUUCCAACUUCUUGGUUUCACCCCCACCAAACACAAGAAGCCAAUCUUGUUGAUUCCAAGACAUCCUCUAAAACACCCGGCAGGUCUCUAGUCUCGAGGAAGAGGAUGGAGUCAGCGGAGAUGAAGCGGGUGUUUCAGAUGUUUGACAGAAAUGGGGACGGGCGGAUCACGAAGACGGAGCUGAAUGACUCGUUGGAGAACUUGGGAAUUUAUAUCCCGGACAAGGAUUUGGCGCAGAUGAUUGAGAAGAUUGAUGUUAAUGGAGAUGGGUGUGUGGAUAUUGAUGAGUUUAGGGCCUUGUAUGAAAGUAUAAUGGAGGAGAAGGAUGAGGAUGAGGACAUGAAGGAGGCUUUCAAUGUGUUUGAUCAGAAUGGAGACGGGUUUAUCACUGUGGACGAGUUGAAGUCGGUGUUGGGGUCUCUUGGGUUGAGGCAUGGGAGGACUGUGGAGGACUGCAAGAGAAUGAUAAUGAAGGUGGAUGAAGAUGGAGAUGGGAAGGUGGAUCUUAAGGAGUUCAAGCAAAUGAUGAGAGGGGGUGGUUUCAGUGCAUUGAGUUAGAAGUUUUUUGAGGGUUUGAUUGAUGUAGUCAUAGGUUUGUAAAUACUCAAGCCAAGGCUCCAGUUUGGCUGAUGGGGAUGGGGAGGAGGAGGAGCCAGAUGCAGGGCCAACGAGGGUGGGGGAACUUGGGGAAACCAUUUGUUGUCAAAAACGGGAGGGGCUAUACCUAAUGUGUAAUGUUUUUGGGUUUCAUGUUUUCAACUUUCUAAGAUAGGGUUUUGUAGUGGGUUUUAUUGUUUCUGGAUUUCCCCAUUGUAAGGGCUUGUGCUGUGUUAUUCUGCUAUAGAUGAUUAGGAUGUUGAUGAUGAUGAUAAACCCAAGAACACAAAAGGAAGUGUUUUCUCAAACAUUUGUUUUUCAUUUCAUUUCAUUUAUUUUUUUGUCUGAAUUCAA